GGCAGGAAGGUUAGCAAAGCUGCUGAUAAGAGGAGUAUAAAAAGGCUUGGGUCAUGGUAAGGGGCCACUUGUGGUCUACUCCACUGGCAACAUGCUGAGCUUCCUCAUCUUUGCCACCCUGGUCCUUUAUGGACACAGCACCCAGGACUUUCCGGAAACCAACGCCCGGGUAGUUGGAGGGGUUGAGGCCCGGAAGAAUUCCUGGCCCUCUCAGAUUUCCCUCCAGUACCUGUCCAGAGGUAACUGGUAUCACACCUGUGGAGGGACCCUUGUCAGACGGAACUGGGUGAUGACAGCUGCUCACUGUGUGGACAACCAAAUGACAUUCCGUGUGGUGGUUGGAGACCACAACCUGAGUCAGAAUGAUGGUACUGAGCAGUACGUGAGUGUGCAGAAGAUCGUGGUGCAUCCAUACUGGAACAGCAAUAACGUGGCUGCCGGCUAUGACAUCGCCCUGCUGCGUCUGGCCCAGAGCGUUACCCUCAACAACUACGUCCAGCUGGGUGUUCUGCCACGGGAGGGAACCAUCCUGGCUAACAACAGUCCCUGCUACAUCACAGGCUGGGGCAGGACCAGAACCAAUGGACAGCUGGCCCAGACCCUGCAGCAGGCUUACCUGCCCACUGUGGAUUACGCCACCUGCUCCAGCUCCUAUUACUGGGGCUCCACUGUGAAGAACACCAUGGUGUGCGCUGGAGGAGAUGGAGCUCGCUCUGGAUGCCAGGGUGAUUCUGGAGGCCCCCUCCACUGCUUGGUGAAUGGUCAGUAUACUGUCCAUGGAGUCACCAGCUUUGUGUCCAGCCAGGGCUGUAAUGUCUCCAGGAAGCCCACAGUCUUCACCCGGGUCUCUGCUUACAUCUCUUGGAUGAAUAACGUCAUUGCCAGCAACUGAACAUCUUCCUGAGUACAACAGCCAUGCCAAGAUAAUUCUUUAAUUCGCAGCAGGACUUGAGGCCAUCAAGAAAAAAACAUUCUAGAAGACUAUUGAACCAGAUACAGAAAUGCAAAUAAAACUGCAUACACAUUA